UUAUAAAGCAGUUCUCUUCAUAACUACUUUGUCAAGUCUUUACAUGACAUCUGUCUCUUCUCACUGCCCAGAUGCGUACGACCUAAAUUACACCUUACCGCUCUUCGAACAAUGCAAAGUGAAGAUGGUAGACGGCGACAUGGUACAGACCAUUCCGAAGCUCCUUCCAGGUUCCGCACACCAGAGCUGCAACCGAAGGCAAAAUGGCGGGAUCCCAGAGGGCCGUCGCAUCUGCCGUGUCCCAGAAUGUCUGCAACAACCAUGUCAAAACGGCUGGUGUGAGGAGACUAUGGUUAGAUACACUUGUCACUGCCAAACGGGAUAUACCGGAGAGAACUGUGAAACAAAGAUGCCGACGAUUAAAACAGACGAUGGGACUACGUCAUCAACAGAACGAGUCGUGACGAAAGAAAAUGCAAGUUCGGAAGAACCGAGCACUUUGUUAUCCACACAAGCAAUCGAAACAGAAUCCACAGCGGCUACUACCAUUACAAAAUAUACAGAUCUCAAGCCACAAGAGGACAAGACAACAGAAUUCCUCUCGUUUACCAUAGUAACGAUGGACUGA